UAUUAUGUCUCAAGAAAGAUUAAUCCAUUAAUUAUAUUAUUACUUAAAAAAGAAUAAUUAAAAAAAAUUAAUUAUAUAAUUUUGAAAAUAGAGUUAGUAAAAAUUGAGACACCCCGUGUGUGUAUGCUUACUUUAUUUCUCCAUUAUAGUUAGUAAAAAGAGAGGUUUGAUUGUGUUUUUUAUUUCUUUUGGUAAACAGGGUUUGAUUGUUUAUAUUCUUUUCGUUUUACCUUGUUUUUCUGCUCUCCACUCCCCUUCAAAGUAUGAUAAGGAAGCUACAAUUUCCAUGGAUAACCGAAAAGGAGGAAAUAUGGAUUCGAAGAUACUUGGACAUGGGCACUGUGAUGCUCAUGUCUAUGAAGAAGAAGAGGCAGACCGUAGAAUAUCAACAGGCAAUGCUGAGUUGGAAAAGGCUGAGCAACGAAUGAAACAGGCUGGGAUUGACAAGAUUCUUGGUGAAGGGUCAAUGGAAGAUGCAGUUGUGUCGCCGUCGAAGAAGAAGGAUGACAAAGGAAAAGUGGCAGAUAGAAAACAGCAGCAGAUGAUAGAGAGAAUUAAAAAGAUUAAGGAAGUUGAAGAAAGGAAGAAGAAGGAUGAAGAGGAGAGGUUAAGGAAGGAAGAGGAAGAACGGCGUCGACAAGAAGAAGUAGAAAGAAUUGAAGAGGAGAAGAGGCGAUUGAAAAAGGAGAGGGAGAAGGAAAAGAUGUUGAGAAAGAAACAGGAAGGGAAACUGCUUACGGGAAAGCAAAAAGAAGAAGCGCGAAGAUUAGAAGCAAUGAGAAAGCAAUUUCUCGCUAGUGGUAAAGGGGCUUUUGCACUCAAAGUUGAUGAAAGUAGAAAAGAGGGAACCAAACGGCCCGUUUACCAAACAAAGAGGACAAAGCCACAAGCUCGGACUAAUGGUGGAGUCGAGGAAGAGUCACAAGUGCAAGAGAAUCAGCAGGACAUUGUCUUUGAGGUUGAAGCAAACGGAGUUGAAGAAGAUGAGGAAUGGGAUGCGAAAAGUACUUGGGAUGCUACCGAUCUUAAUAUCCCUGGAAAGACUGCUUCCGAAGAAGAAGAAGAGAUAGAUUCAGAUAUUAAGGAGACAAUGUCAGCUGCUAGUGAUGCAGCUCCAACAAUCCCCGAGAACAUAGAGCCGGAGGUUGGAGUUUCAGAAGAAACUAGUGGCCGAAGUGAAUAUAAUCUUCGGUCUCCUAUUUGCUGUAUAAUGGGACAUGUGGACACCGGUAAAACCAAGCUUCUUGACUGCAUACGAGGCACUAAUGUUCAAGAAGGCGAAGCUGGAGGGAUCACGCAGCAGAUAGGUGCAACUUAUUUUCCUGCUGAGAAUAUACGCAAGCGAACUAAGGAACUGAAAGCAGAUGCCAAUCUGAAGGUCCCUGGAUUGUUGUUCAUUGACACACCUGGACACGAGUCUUUCACGAAUCUGAGAUCUCGAGGUUCAGGUUUAUGUGAUAUGGCAAUUUUGGUUGUAGACAUUAUGCACGGGUUAGAAAGGCAGACAGUCGAGUCAUUAAAUCUUCUAAAGAUGAGGAAUACAAACUUUGUUAUUGCUUUGAACAAGGUAGAUAGGCUUUAUGGAUGGAAAGCGUGCGAAAAUGCAUCUAUAAUGAAGGCGAUGAAGCAGCAGUCCAGAGAUGUUCAGUCUGAAUUUCGUAUGAGGCUUACUCAGGUCGUUACCGAGUUCAAGGAGCAAGGUAUAAAUACGGAAUUAUACUAUAAAAGCAGAGAUAUGGGAAAGGGUACUUUUAGCAUUGUACCAACUAGUGCAAUCAGUGGUGAAGGGAUUCCGGACUUAUUGUUGUUACUGGUCCAAUGGACAGCAAAGACUAUGGCUGAGACUUACAUACAAUGUACUGUUUUGGAGGUUAAGGUUGUUGAAGGUCAUGGAACAACCAUUGAUGUGAUACUGGUCAAUGGUGUGCUCCAUGACGGAGAUCAAAUAGUAGUUUGUGGCAUGCAGGGCCCAAUUGUCACCUCAAUCCGAUCGUUAUUGACUCCUGACGCAAUGAAGGAACUUCGAGUAAAGGGAUCAUAUGAGCAUCAUAAAGAAAUCAAGGCUGUGCAGGGGAUAAAGAUUACUGCUCAGGGGCUUGAGCAUGCCAUUGCUGGUACUAGUUUAUAUGUUGUGGGGCCUGAUGAUGACAUGGAAGGCAUCAAAGAAGCAGUUAAGGGAGAUAUGAGGUCGGUGAUGAGCAGGGUCGAUAAAUGUGGUGAGGGCGUUUACGUUCAAGCUUCUACACGCGGAUCACUAGAAGCUUUACUUGAAUUCUUGAAGACUCCUGAAGUAAACAUACCUGUCAGUGGAAUUGGCAUAGGCAACGUGCACAAAAAGGAUGCGACGAUAGCUAGUGUCAUGCUUGAGAAGAAGAAAGAGUAUGCAACAAUCUUGGCCUUCGAUGUGAGGAUAGCACAAGAUGCAAAGGAACUCGCAGAUAAAGUUGGCGUAAAAAUUUAUACCGCUGAUAUUAUUUAUCACCUAUUCAAUCAGUUUAAGGCCUACAUUGACAAUCUCAAGGAAGAAAAAAAGAAGUUAGUAGCUGAAGAAGUAGUCUUCCCCUGUAAGCUCAAGAUCAUACCUAAUUGCGUCUUCAACAAGAAGGAUCCAAUUGUCUUAGGAGUUGAAGUUCUUGAGGGCAUUGCCAAGGUCGGGACUCCAAUAUGCAUUCAACAGAGUCUCGUAGAUAUUGGUCGGAUUGCGUCCAUAAUGAAUAAGGAUAAGUCUGUUGACUCCGCCAAGAAAGGACAGCAGGUAUCUAUUAAGAUAAUUGGGUCUAACACUGAGAAACAACAAAAAAUGUUUGGCAGGCACUUUCAAUUGGAAGGUGAGCUUGUUAGCAAAAUCUCAAGAAGAUCUAUUGACAUUCUCAAAGCCAACUACCGGAAUGACUUGUCCGUUGAAGAUUGGAAGCUAGUUGUGAAACAGAAGGCCAUAUUCAACAUGCAAUGAGACUUUUUCUCAAAGCUUUUUUGCAAGUAGAUUUAGCCUGUUGACUAGAUAGUUACCAGUUAUAUUCAUAAACCAAUAAGUUCUGUUUACUUAUCGAAAUGCUAUUCUAGUUUAUUUAUCUUCGCAAGUAGAUUUGUCUUGUGAACUAGACUAUUUCUUAAGACCGAUUUGUGUUUCUAGCUGUCCAACUUCAGUAAGUAUAGUUUGGUGCUUGGAAUGAGUAUGGCUAAAGCAAAUUUCUUAUACAUUGAGUUUUAAGGCUAAGUAUCUAUCUAACUUCGUUUUGUUUAUUAAGGUGUUUUAAAUAGCUAAGACAUAUUUGAAUGGUAUUAUUCUCCAGAACAGCUGGAAAACCGAGGUUUAUGGUAAUCGUAAGUUCAAGAUGUCUCGUGCAUUUUCUGAAUUACUUUCUACAUGUUAAGCAUCCAUAUAUAACCAAGGUGCUGGUUCUCUCAUUUGGACAUAGGUGAUUCCUUCAGAGAGUGGCUAUAAAUAGUGGCAUUUGUAUGUGCAGGUUAUUUGCAGUAGCAGUGAGUUUUAUUUGUUAUGUUUGAAAGGAUAAACUCUUUCGUCAAUGUAUCAGCUACCUGAUCGAGGGAACUAACAUAACCAACCUCAAGGUAUCAGGGCAAUCAGCCCAGUCUGCAUCAGUAAAAUCAUUAACAGGAAUGCUGGCGAUGCAAUCCGCUAGUCAUUGUUCCCUUCAAGGCCUGAAAAAUACACGCUUCAAGGCCUGAAAAUGACAGAGUAAGGAAAUGCAUAAACUGGAAUAGCCUGUCAACACAAAAGGACACAUCUGAACGGGUGAUCGAGAUGUAUUGCAGCGCACCAGCGAGACUGCGAUACAAGGCUGGAUCAUUAAAUGAUUCACUACCUGUCUUAAAGAACUGCAAGCCACCAACCAUGGGUGUCCAUAUAGGCUUUUCUCCUUCCAUAUUUGCACGUUGCAGGACGCCACGAGUAUACUUUGACUGAGAGAGUACCAAACUGUGUCAGUAUAAUGCACUUCAACUCCCGGAACCUAGUGUUUCAAGGGAUGAGCAUUUCUUCCUGUUUCAAGGGACGAGGAAACCAAUUAAAGAUUUGUAUACAUUUAGGAAGAGGAACGGGAUUUCAUCAACCAGUAAAGUGAGGAUUUUGGCAGCUCACAUUAAUCUUUUUGUGCAAACAUUUAUGACAAAAUCAUCGUCAAGAUUGGACCUGGGAAUGCUGGAAAUCUUGUUCCGUCUAAUUUUCAAUUGGCAAGAUCAGGGGUUGACUAUGCUGUAUGGGAAAAGAAGGCAUAAAGCUUAUAUGGGACUAUCCAAUAUGAACAAUAGUACUAGCAUUAGUGUUAAGACACUUAGAACUUGGUUGAAUUUCGUUGACAACAUGCAAAUGAACACUAGAAAAAUAAAAUAUGCUUUUGUGAGUCUCAGAAGAAAUUUUUGUGUAAUAUAUUGAACUAUAUGAAUACAUUGGCUACAUUCAAUUGCACAUUGUAAUUACUAGCAAAAAUUUCAUAGAUCAAAUGACAAUAUUUUUAUGCCUUUUGCUCCCAUACAGCAUAGUCUUGUCCAGAAGUUGCCACCUGAUAAUCGGAUGGGAUAAGACUUCCGAGAUCAGUUUUAGGACCAAGCUUGACAAUAACCUUCUCAUCAAUCAUUGCUACAUAAAGAUCAGAAUCUGCAAGCUACUUGUCUCAGAAAUCCCAUUCCUCUUCCUAAUAGAGGACAACAUUGAAAUUUCGUCUUUCAAUCCAAAAUCAAAGAAAUGGUCAUAAAACUGCAACCAAAAGUCACUACAACAGCGGAAGUUUACUUUGUUACAAAACUGAACUUUAUUAGAAAUGCAUCGAUGGGAAGGAAAAAAUUACCACUCAGGGAACCCCUGGAUGAGUAAGAAUAUACGCAUAUCCUUGUAUAACUUUGUCUGAAGGGAAUGGCCGCAUAUGUUGUGUGGAACCAGUAUCAUGAUUAUCAAUAAAAGUCACAGCAUUUUGAGGCAAAAUACCAAUCAAACCAGGAGGUUUUCCAUCUGAAUCUUUCAAUCUCCCUAAAUUCCCUUGAAUAGCAUCUUGUAAAAUCCCUUUAGUUGGGAAAUGAACCACCAGCAUUUUGAACCCAAUUAGCUAUUGCAUCUCUAUUAGUAUCCCAGUAUUCACCAACUGCAAAAUCCGGGGACGUGUUUUGCAUAAAAAUCUUGGUGAUACUAGGGGCAUACCCCUUAACAAAAUUGAAUCGUCAACCAUCAAAUCCAAUAUCAGAUUUAAGCCAAUUCAUCCAAUCUGAUAACUCUUUUGUUUAGAUGAUCGAUAUCAGAAGCACCUCCAAAGUCCUCACCGGUAUCAUCAUUUCCAGUGCCAUCAGAAUAUUGUGUGUCGCCUUUGCAAAUCAUAUUUGGGCCCCAAUCAAGACUGUCAUCAGACGUUCCCCCUUCAAAAAUGCAGUAUAUUCCUCUACUAUCUUGUUUAUCAGCACGUGUGGUUUAUUACUAUAUCAGCAACAGCUUUGAUCCCUUCCCCAUUUAAAGCCUUAAUAAUAUCUUUCAGUUGUUGCUCGUUCCCAAACUUGGACAAAUCUAAUUCAUACAAUCUUUGUGGCAUGUAUC